AUGAGCCGCCAGGGCAGCAGCACAAAGCACCCGCCAGCUCCGGAGCUCUUCCGUACAAUCGCGCACUGCGUGCGGCGGGCGGGUGGCUGCCUCAAGGCGGACGCGCUGCUCCAGCUGCACCCGAGUCUGCGCUCGGCGCUGCGCGACUUCCGCCUCCUCGAGGCGCUCAAGGAGCAGGAGGCCGUGUUGUCGGGCCGACGGCUCGUCGACGCUCGUCCGAUCGCCGGUGGCAGCGAAGCGUGGCUCUGCAUCGUCACCGACUCGGACGGCCGCCUCGCCGGCGGCGCCGCCGACUAUGAGCCGGCGAGAUGGUUCCAGCCUCCGACGGCCGGCUCGCAGCGCGACGCGAGGGCGGCCGCGCUCGACGCCGCGCGCGCCAUAUGCCGCCGGAGAAUGACGACCGGCGGCUGCGGCAGCGGGUCGAGUGGCUGGUGGCGCUGA